AUGAGCGAUCGUUACCUCGUCCGCGAGGUUGAAACCAAGCAAGAGUUGGACGAGGUACUUGACGUGAUCUGGGCGGCAAACCACACACCGUACGAACCCUUCCUACAACUAUUCUUUCCGGUCCUUGGUUUCACGUCUGCCCAUCGCAAGGCUGCACAUAUCGAGUCGAAAGAGCGGUUCUGGAAACAACACACAUCAGAAUCAUCAAGUCACUGGCUCUAUGCUCUCGACACUGUGACGGGAAAGGCUGUAGGCUGCGCGCAAUGGGUAAUAUCAACAACAAAUCCCUUUGCAAAAGGUGUACCCACGCUCGAAGCACCUUGGUGGCCUGAGGGUGAAUGUCGAAAAUUCUGCGAGUCGAUCUUGAAUCAAGUCUACAAGCCGCGGGCAAACUGGAUGACGCGGCCUCAUUGUGCACUAAAUUGGAUGGCGGUCCAUCCCGCACAUCGGCUUUGCGGUAUCGGCUCGCUCCUCAUGAAUGCGGGUUUAACCAAAGCAGACGAUCUCGAUCUCGAGUGUUGGUUGGAAGGAUCUAGUAUGGGGAAGCCGUUGUACGAAAAAUUCGGGUUCCAGUCCCUGCUCAAGGUAGCCUUCGACACCGACGUGCAAGGUUCCAGCGAUGAAUGGCGCAAAUGCGCACACGAAAUGACACCAGCGGCUGUUUUUGCCAUGUGGAGACCAAUGCGAGGCAUAUGGAGGCUGGAGAACGGACAGCAAGUGGGGCUGCCAUGGAGUCUGGGAACCAAACCUGUACUGAACGGUGCCUUGCAUAGUUGA